AUGGACCACCAGUUCAUCAUAUGUGCGGAUGCAAAUCUGGAACUCAUCGGCCAAUGCAUUUCGGAUCUCACCCAGGCUUGCGGUCAGAGACUCUGGACCGACGAGAUCCAGAGAAGUGUCAUCGCGAGAGAAAUGCGCGUCUCGCUCUCUCGCGCACAGAUCAGAUUGGAUGCGCAGAACAGACUUCGAGCACAAGAGAUUGCCCUGGCGCAGUGGGAGCUCGGAGAAUUCCGUGAGCGAGUGCGCAGAGAAGCGGCUCGUCAGCUUCUCCGCGAGGAGAACGACUACGAGGAUAACGAUGUGAUAAUAGAGACAGAUAGUGAUGAGGAUGUGUCUGAAGGUGAAUGA